AUGUCGGGUCAGUCGAUCACGGACCGGAUCACCGCAGCCCAGCACAGUGUCACCGGCUCAGCUGUUACCAAGGCAGCCUGUAAAGCCACCACACAUGAAGUGAUGGGCCCCAAGAAGAAGCACCUUGAUUACUUAAUCCAAUGUACCAAUGAGAUGAAUGUGAACAUACCACAAAUGGCAGAUACUCUGUUUGAAAGGGCAACAAACAACAGCUGGGUUGUGGUGUUUAAAGCUUUAAUCACAACGCAUCAUUUGAUGAUGUAUGGGAAUGAGCGUUUUAUACAGUAUUUGGCUUCAAGAAAUACUUUGUUCAACUUAAAUAAUUUUUUGGAUAAAAGUGCCAUGCAAGGAUAUGACAUGUCCACUUUCAUCAGACGGUAUAGCAGAUAUCUUAAUGAAAAAGCACUCUCAUACAGACUAAUGGCAGUUGACUUCACCAAAAUGAAAAGAGGGAUGGAUGGAGUAAUGAGAACAAUGAAUACAGAGAAAUUGCUGAAAACUCUGCCUCUUAUACAGAAUCAGCUGGAUGCCCUCCUAGAUUUUGACGCAAAUCCAAAUGAGCUGACAAAUGGAGUAAUAAAUGCUGCCUUUAUGCUACUGUUCAAAGAUUCAAUCAGGCUUUUUGCUGCCUACAAUGAAGGGAUCAUCAACUUACUGGAGAAAUACUUUGAUAUGAAGAAAAACCAGUGCAAGGAAGCCUUAGACAUCUACAAAAAAUUUCUGGCUAGAAUGACCAAGCUGUCCGAAUUCCUCAAAACUGCAGAGCAAGUUGGAAUUGAUCAGGGUGACAUUCCAGAUCUUACUCAGGCACCAAGCAGUCUGCUUGAAGCAUUGGAACAGCAUCUAGCUUCCUUAGAAGGAAAAAAAACAAAAGAAUUUUCUGCAGCAAACAGAGCAACUACUCUAUCGAAUGCAGUCUCCACUCUUUCCAACACGGGGAUGUCUUUGAGUAAAGUUGAUGAACGGGAAAAGCAAGCAGCUCUAGAAGAGGAACAGGCUAGGCUACAAGCUCUCAAGGCAAAGUGCGAUGCUAUUCCAUCUGGAUUUGUGAUGCAGGAACAGCGACACAAAGAAAUGUCUGUGCUACCCCAGUCAGCAACAGCAUCCACAACUGUCUCUCCAAGCUCCACAUCAGGGAGAAGUAUCAGUACAGCUGCAACAGUUGAUCUGUUCUCAGUAGCUGCACCAGCAACAAAUGCAAACAGCGCCCCUAACUUGUCCAAUGAUAUCUUCAACCUCGAGUCGGCUUUUGUACCUACUGUACAGAGCACCCCAGCAAUAUCAACCUCAGUAGCUAACGCAUGGGGAGAUGUAUUCAAUUCUUUUCCUGAGCCAAGUCCUGCUACAUCUACAAACGUUGAACACUUUCCUGAGGUAGACAUCUUUAAUGCAGGUUUUGCUCCUCAACCAGCCCUACAGAUGAUGGUUCCGUCAACACUGAAUGUGGACUUCGAUUCUGUGUUUGGAUCCAAAUCAGGCCUCGGUGAUGCCAAGAAUGCAAGCGGUGAUAUAUUAAUGCCACAAUCAACUUCGCUUGCCAAAAAUGAAACGCCGCCAGUGAACCAGCAAAACAACAAACUACUAGCAAAUGAUUUGGAUUCAUCCCUUGCCAACCUUGUGGGCAAUUUGAAUUUCGUCGGAACUCCAUUGAAAAGAACGGAUCAGCAGUGGACCCAGAGUGGGGAAAGGAAAUUAACAGGAGGAACAAACUGGCAGCCAAAGACGACUACAUCAACAUCCUGGACUGCAAUGCCAAUGAAUGUCCCACCAAUGGGACCUGCUCCAGUGUCUUUCCCAGUGUCAACAUCUCAAGUGCCUGUAUAUGGAAUGGUACCUGCAGUAGGAACAUUGCCUGUGGUACCGCAGCAUCCAAUGAUGUAUCCUCAGCCUGUUAUGAGAGCAACUAACCCUUUUGCACCAGUUAACGGAGCUCAGUUGCAGUUCAUGUAGAGACAGCGAAACUGCAUCAACACAAGGUUCUGUAAGCACCAAAUACCUGGAUGAAGACAGAUGAAUAUGACCAAGACACGAGGCUUAUUCAUCAUUUAAAACUGUAACCGAACUUGCAAUAUAGUACUGAUUCCCAAUAUAAGUUCUAAUCAAAUGCAAAGCCUGUUUUGUGAAAAAAAAAUGCUGAGAAGAAUAUAGUCCAAUCUGUCUUUGGUCAUUGACCUACUGAACUGGCAUAAAUAGAUGUCAACAUUUAUUGACCUCUUCAGUGCAGCUUCUUUUCUUUGCUGAACAUAACUGAAGCUAUUCAUGAUUUUUAACAGCAGGAACAUGAAUGGAUGCACGAAAGAUUACUUAUAAAUAUCAGCAAUUGAACAGAAACCUGCAAAAAAAAUGCAAAAUCAUAGCUCAGCCUGGUUCAGAUAGAAUUUAUGAUCAAUUUAAAACUAUCUGAACUCUUGGAAAGGGUUUUAACUUUCAACUUGCUGUCGGUUAAAGAUUUCAAUUCAAAACUUUCAAAAUGAAAAUCCUACUAACAGUCCUGUCUACUUCCCAUUCCUUCUGACCAGUUUAGGCGUUCAUCCUCUUCUGACCACGUGCAUUAUAUUACACGUUUUUUGUCUGGCAACAGUUACUGGAUUAUCAUAUUGCUUCGCUAUGCAGAAUGUAAGUUUAUUUUUUGCAAUUAGUGAAAAGAAAAAUGACUUUUUUUAAUACUCGUGUUAUGGGGUGUUUAUUUUGAACAAUUUCGAAUCAUGAAGCAGCUAGCAUUUUUUUUAAGUUAUAGUCACCAAUCCAUCUCAUUAUUAAGGAUUAAAUCAGAGAAACGGACCAUUGUUGAAUUGACACAAUCUGGUUAAAGAAAGGUAGGGGGCAUUCUAUAAAUUCCACUUAAACCACUAAAUGAUAGAUCUCAGAUGUAGUCUAAUUAGGGGUGAUCUGUUUUGAUUACAGCUAAACUUGGCUUUUCCAAUAACAUUGCAAUCUAUUAGGUUUAGCAUGAUCUGCGUGAGAUGCAGUAGUUGUGCUUGCUCGUAACAGGUUGUAUCAUACUAUAGUUCCGAUACACAAGCUGAAUAUAUCAUGUGCAUAUGAAGCUACUGACCCUAAGGUGCACAUGCAUUUCUGGAUGUGUACAUUUCUUCAAAAUAGCUACUCCUUCCCCUUUAUCAGUUACUGAAAAGAAGUUAAUGUUGUGACUAUGAUUGCAAAAACCAUGACUGAAUAAUGUGGGUUUCCUUAUUUUGUACACCCCACUAACAAAAUUUGAAGAUAUUUGUGAUACUGAAACCUGUUUCCUAUUGACUUCAGCAGUAAAGUUGCAAAUAAAAUUAAAAGGUUCAAUACUAAUACACUUUUUUUUUUCCUCAACACCCUUUUCCAACUCCACAUAAAGUUUUUGGAACUGUUGCACAGUUUAACUAGCUUAAUUUGAAAAGCAUUUUUACAUGUUUUUGAUUUUUUGAGACUAUUUUGCAAGCCAGCUACACCUCUAAAAGGUCAACUGAGCAAUGGUCACCAAACAUUGGAAGUGCAAGAAUGUUGUUUUGAGAGAAUUGACCCACCAAAAGCAGACUAAGCAAUCCCAGCACUGAUGUGGUAUCCUGGAAAACUGUAGGAAGGCUAAGGUCAAUCUAACAACAUGGAUGUUAAAUGUGAAUGAACCUUGCAUUACAAUAUAAUAUUUUGUUAUUGAUCUGCACGUCUCCUAGGGAUGUAUUUGGUCUUAUUGAACUCUUUACCCGCGUCAAAAAUCUUGAUCAUUCUUUAAAGUAAUACAUUUCAGAAAAGUUAACGGGCAACCUGUGACUUUAAUGGGCGGCUUAUGAAUAACUCUGGGAAAAUUUGUCGUCUUUCACCCUCCCACAAAGUAUUGAAACAGUGACAACCAGCAAAUUUUUAACCAUACACCUUUUGAUGUUCACCUGCCCGUAAUCCUCAAGUUUUUCAAACUUGCAAAAGUAAUCCAUGUUGCACUGUUUGGUGCUUUACAUAUAAGAUGACAAAUCUAUUCAGCAGAGAAGACUGUUGAUCCUAUAGGUUGGAUUGUGAAUGUUGUAUAAAUCUCUGCUAACACAAAAUUGUCCAUAUGUAGCUGGUUACAAUUUCUUAAUAAACUUCUGUUGAAAUAUGUGAAUUUUGGUGUACAUACAGUACAGCUCUUCCUCAUUAACUUGCUGCAGUAACCCAAGAAGAUUUGUACAAAUUUAUCUGUUAAUUUAAAUUGUUAAAUGUUGUGACAAAUCAGGAAAACUACAUUUGUCCUAUACAAUUAUUUUUGAGGAUAAUCUAAUGUCAGUUUUCCCGUCUAAACCUAAUAUUUAUAAUUUAAUUGCAGACUCUGAAACCUUCAUAACGGGCAAUUUAAUAUCAUUAAAACUAUCAUGUUUUUGAUUUUUGCUUAUAGUUCACUUGUGCCAGAUAUUUUAACUGAAUUUUAUUUUUCUUCAUUUUCACACAAUUUAAAAAUAUACCUUUAGCACAGUUUAAUGAGGUUAGGGACAAGAGGGGAACAGGAUAAUGUACACUGUUUUUGUGCCAAAAGCCUUUGUUUGUUCUAGGUUUUCAUCUAAAUGUACAAAGUUUGAAGUAUUGUAGAAUUUCUCAAAGUACUUUUUUAAUUAAACAAAGCAAAGGUUUGCUCAAA